GUCAUCUGUCAGUGUCACUGUCAGCUGGGAACCAGGGAAUGUCAGACGCAGUUCCAAAAUCCAAAAAUACUUUGCUGAAAAAAAUUAGCCCUGAAGGUUUCUAGAAAGAAUUAAGCAUGUCGCUUAUUACUAGAAAUGUUUUCCGUACAUUGAUACAGGGAUCCCAACAUGUAGGCAAAGGUUUGCACACAACAUCGGUAACAGCUGACAAAAACGUAUGUUUCGCGCCCCUUUCAAUCAGCACCCUGCAAACUAGCAAGGAGGGUCGUGUUAAAUGCACCCUCAUUCCUGGCGAUGGCGUCGGCCCAGAGCUUGUCUAUUCCGUUCAGGAAGUUUUCAAGGCAGCUGGCAUCCCGGUGGACUUCGAGUCAUACUUCUUCUCGGAAGUUAAUCCCACGUUGAGUGCGCCUCUGGAAGAUGUCGUCGGUUCCAUCGCCAGAAACAAGAUUUGUAUCAAGGGCAUUUUGGCGACCCCUGACUUCUCCCACACUGGCGAGCUGCAGACCCUAAACAUGAAGCUGCGCAAUGCUUUAGACCUGUACGCUAACGUCGUGCACGUCAAAUCUCUGCCGAACGUCAAGUGCCGCCAUCACGACGUGGACUGCAUCAUCAUCCGAGAGCAGACCGAGGGCGAAUACUCUGCGUUAGAGCACGAGUCUGUGCCUGGCGUGGUGGAGUGCCUGAAGAUCAUCACAGCGGCGAAGUCGGAGAGAAUCGCCAAGUUCGCAUUCGACUACGCCGUGAAGAUGCGCCGUAAGAAGGUGACCGCGGUACACAAGGCUAACAUCAUGAAGCUGGGCGACGGGCUGUUUCUACGCAGUUGCGAAGAGAUGGCAAAGCUUUACCCGCGCAUCCAAUUCGAGAAGAUGAUCGUCGACAACUGCACGAUGCAGAUGGUGUCCAACCCCAACCAGUUCGACGUCAUGGUCACGCCCAACCUGUACGGCAACAUCGUGGACAACCUCGCCAGUGGGCUGGUGGGCGGCGCUGGUGUGGUAGCCGGCGCCUCUUACAGCGCUGACUGCGCGGUGUUUGAACAGGGCGCGCGGCACAUCUUCUCCGGCGCGGUGGGCAAGAACAUCGCCAACCCGACAGCCAUGCUGCUGUGCUCCGCCAACCUGCUGGCGCACGUCAACCUGCACUCCUACUCCAAGAUGAUCAAGAACGCCAUCAACAAGGUACUGACGGACGGCAAAGUGAGGACCAAGGACCUGGGCGGUCAGUCCACUACCAAGGACUUCACCUACGCCGUGAUCCACUCCCUCGCGUAAAUGUACUCAGUAACACUUAGCUCGUGCUGUGAAAUAUAUCUGCGUACCACGGAAUAAUAUUUAGCUAGAAGCCGCUCGCAUUUUGAAAUAUAUCUGCGUACCACGGACUUAUAUCUAGUUGGAAGCCGCUCGCAUUUUUAAAUACAUCUGCGUAUCAUGGACUUAUAUUUAGCUAGAUGCCGCUCGCACGAGUAUGACUGCGUACGUACCACGGACUUAUAUCUAGUUGCAAGCCGCUCGCAUUUUGAAAUACAUCUGUGUAUCAUGGACUAGAAGCCGCUUCAACAUCAACUUUCACACAUUUUUUUUUGCUAUAUUCUACGACGUCACGAGAAUUUUACAGUUUUAACUAUUGAGAAAGUUUUUCAUAAUCUAUAUAUACUACUAACGUUAUAAACGCGAAAGUUUUUAUAACUGCAUAAAUAUUUGUUAAACAUCAUUAUCAGCCUAUUUCAAUGGCCAGCCAGGCUUUCUUCCUUAUAGUUAUAGGAAUGAAUUUGGCUGUUUGGUAUGGAGAUAGAACGUACCCUGGAUUAACAUAUAGGCUUACUUUAUAUACUUUCAUCCUGGAUUAAUCCAUGGAUGAAAUCGCAGGUGUACACUAGUAUAGUAUAAUGAAAUUUAUUGCUUUACCCAGUGACAAUAAUAUUUUUCGACUAUAAUAUAAAAAAAUGAAUCUUAUUAAAAUAAAGCGUAUUGCGCAAAUACAAGCUCGUAGGAACACGGUAAGUUUAAAACUGAUCUAUCUUACACGUUAUCUAGCUAAAUAUGAGUCCGUGAACUAAACCGUAUUGGACUAAGCAAGUCGGUAUGUUUAAAAACGAAAGUUCAUUUGCCAUUCAGGUUCCAGUUGUUAAAAGGUCAAUUGAUAUCCAAUAGUCCUAGGUUCAAUUCUCGUUCAGUAUUUGCAGUUGUAUUUCACAGUGCGUACUUACCCCGAGUGCAAAUACGUAUAUAGAGAUAAAUAAAAUCAUCAUGACGGUUAGACUGUUGCUUAGUACCAUGUAGUCUGAGAGACGACCGCAAAAUAUUAUACACAUUAUAUUAUAUAUUUUUUUUGUACAAUGAAGUUGUUUAAUGAUAUAUUUACUUCAAUUUUAAAUAAUUAAACCUAACGGUACCUAAAAAUAAUAUUGGUUGUCUCUUACACGGUAUUAUCAACUUACUUUGACACUGAAAUAAUUUAUUUAUUUAUUUAAAACAAGUACUAUAAUUUUUUUUCCAAAAUUGUCAUUUUAAAUACAAAGGAGUAGAUGACGUAGUAAACAGUUUGUCAUAUAAAUUUAUAUCAUAGAAUAAUACGUAUGUAUUGCUUUAAAAAAAUGGGUAAAAAUUAUUUCAUGAUCCAUUCUCAUAUUUAAUCAUAAUUUUUUCAUCAUUAUCAACCUAUAUUUGGCUCACUGCUGAGCUCGAGUCUCUUCUCUGAAUGAGAGGGGUUAGUAUACUUACAUAUAUCUUACUUAGUUACUAUAUAUCUACAAAAAUGUCAUCAAAAUCGGUCGAUUCUUAUCCUCUUUAACAAUUGAUAAGUUUUCAGUGUCAUAAGUAAAAAUGUGUUUUUAAACAUACCAAAUUUAGUAAAAUUUCCUAUUAGAAUACCUAUACUAAGCCUUAAGCGUAAUUUAUUUUUUAUUAUUAAUAAUUUUUAUUUUGAAAAUUAUGUGAUCUGCAAUCGAAAUUAAAAUAGGAAACAGUAUUGUAUAAGUAUUUAAUGUUACCAUAUUUAAUAAAAUAAUGACAAUGA